AUGCUGCGGCGGACCGUGCUGGACCGCAUCUCCUCGCAGCGGUCGCUGUCGCUGAGCGACGCGGACACGCGCUCCGUGGACUCCAAGGACGAGUCCAAGGACGACGCCAAGGACGAGACGCAGGACGAGCGGCUGCGCGUCGUGCUGCUGCUGCCGUCCUUCCGGCGCGCCGCGCUGCAGGUGGAGCGCAUCCUGGCGGCCUGCGAGUUCCGCGCCCAGCAGGUCCUGUACCGCGGCAUCCCGGCCAGCGACCCCCUGGCCGCCGACCUGCGCUUCGAGUACCACCUGGAGCCGCUGUGGCACCUGGAGGGUGAGUGGGCGGCGGGCCGCGCCGUCACCUGCCUCACGUGGAACAAGGAGAACACGGACCUGCUCGCCGUGGGCUACGGCAAGUACCUGCAGCAGGACCAAGCCACCGGCCUCGUCUGCAUGUGGAGCGCCAAGAACCCCAAGCUGCCGGAGCGCCUGUACCGGUUCGCGUCCCCCGUGUCGGCGCUCAGCUUCUGCGGCACGCGGCCCAACCUGCUGGCCGUCGGCAUGUGCAACGGCGGCCUCGCGCUGCUCGACGUGUCCGCCACCGAGAAGAGCGUCGUGGCGGACGCGGGCGACGGCAGCGAGAGCGGCGUGGCCUCGCCGUCCUGGGAGCCCAUCUGGUCCAUGGAGUGGAUGUCGGGCCAGGAGUUCCUGACGGGCGACGAGCAGGUGCUGGUGACGGCGGGGCAGGACGGGCGCGUGGUGCGGUGGCGGCGCGGCGAGCGCGGCCUGGAGUGGACGCCCAUGCUGCGCGUGGCCAUGGCGGAGGGCGGCGAGAAGGGGGUGCCGCCGCUGCUGGAGGCCUCCGGCCACUGCCCCGAGAGGGAGGUCGGCCUGCGCCAGUUCGCCGCCGUGCUGUGCAUGGCGCCCGUGCCCAACGACCCCGUGCGCUACAUGGUGGCCACGGAGGACGGCUGCGUGCACACGUGCUCCACCAACUACCUGCAGCGCCACAAGGCCGUCGUGGCGGCGCACGCGGGCCCCGUGUACCGCCUCAGCUUCAGCCCCUUCUGCGAGAAGAUCUUCCUGACCUGCGGCGCGGACUGGACCGUCCGUAUCUGGGCCGUGGGGCUGGACGAGCCGCUGGUCACCCUGACUGGGGGGAUGCAGUCCGUGGAGGACGCCGUCUGGAGCCCGCGCAACUCCACCAUCCUGGCGUCCAUCUCCGGGGACGACGUGUGCAUGUGGGACCUGCGCCGCAAGACGUACCUGCCCGCGUCCCGCACCGCCUGGCCGCACCCGUCGCCACCCACCACACUGCUCUUCAGCCCCGGCCAGGACAACCUGCUGGUGGGCGACCGCGAGGGCCGGGUGGCGGCCCUAGCGCUGCAGCACAUGCCCUUCGCGCCCUACUUCCAGACCAAGGCCCUGGUGGCGUCCCUGGAGCGCGCCCUCGCCACCAAGCCCGCCCUCCUCGCCGCCCUCAAGAAGCGCGGCGAGCCCUUCGUCUGAGGGGAAGUCCCACGGGUGUGUCGACGGGCUGGAUC